AUGGCGGCGCUGCAUGAGGAGCCGGCAGAAGUGGCGGCGGUGCAGCCGGACCCCGAGGCGGGGACGCCGCCGCCGCCGCCCGCGGUGCCUCCCGCCGCCGCUCCCGCCGCCGCCCCGGCCGCCGCGGCGGAAGGAGAGGCUGCGGGAGUCGGUGGGGAUGCUGCACCCCCGAAGCCCGCGGCGCCGGGCCCGGCCGCCUCCCCGGCGGCGUUGGACCGGCAGACGCUUGUGGCCGUACUGCAGUUCCUGCGGCGCAGCAACCUCCGCGAGUCCGAGGAGAUCCUACGUCGCGAAGCCCGCUUGCUCGGCGACGACCUGGGUGCUGUCGCCCUCAGCCCCGCCAGCGCCGGGCUCCUGGGGGGCUCCGGCAGCGAUGCGGACUCCGGCGAGGCGCUGCUCGGCCGGGGCACCAGCGCUGCCGCCGUCGCCAUAGGGGGCAACGUCGCCACUGUCGCUACUUCCAGCCCCAGCGUGGCUGCAGUUGCCGCCGUGCCGCCGGGGAAAGUCGGAGGUGCGGUGGUUGUGGAGGAUCAGCCGGACGUGAGCGCGGUGUUGUCGGCCUACAACCAGCAAGGAGACCCGACACUGUACGAGGAGUACUACAGCGGAUUAAAACACUUCAUCGAGUGCUCCCUGGACUGUCAUCGGGCAGAAUUGUCUCAGCUCUUUUAUCCUCUCUUUGUGCACAUGUAUUUGGAAUUGGUCUACAAUCAACAUGAGAGUGAGGCAAAGUCUUUUUUUGAAAGAUUUCAUGGGGAUCAGGAGUGCUAUUACCAGGAUGACCUGCGUGUAUUGUCGAGCUUAACCAAAAAGGAACACAUGAAAGGUAACGAGACCAUGCUGGAUUUCCGAACAAGCAAGUUUGUGCUGCGCAUUUCCCGUGACUCUUACCAACUCCUGAAGAGGCAUCUUCAGGAAAAGCAGAACAAUCAGAUCUGGAACAUUGUUCAGGAGCAUCUUUACAUUGACAUCUUUGAUGGAAUGCCUCGCAGUAAACAACAGAUAGAUGCUAUGGUUGGAAGCUUGGCUGGGGAGGCAAAACGAGAGGCUAAUAAAGCAAAGGUUUUCUUUGGCUUGUUGAAAGAACCAGAGUUUGAUGUGCCUUUGGAUGAUGAAGAUGAAGAAGGAGAAAAUGAGGAAGGAAAGCCAAAGAAGAAAAAACCUAAGAAAGAUAAUGUAGGGUCAAAAAGUAAAAAACAGGAUCCUAAUGCUCCUCCCCAAAACAGAAUUCCUCUGCCAGAACUGAAAGACUCUGACAAGCUGGAUAAAGUAAUGAAUAUGAAGGAAGCUGCAAGACGAGUGCGUCUUGGACCAGAGUGCCUGCCCUCCAUCUGUUUCUACACAUUCCUUAAUGCUUAUCAGGGUCUAACUGCAGUGGAUAUUACAGAUGACUCCAGCAUGAUUGUAGGAGGCUUUGCUGACUCCACUGUCAGAGUGUGGUCUGUGACUCCAAAAAAGCUACGUAGUGUGAAAACAGCUGCAGACCUCAGUCUCAUUGACAAAGAAUCAGAUGAUGUCUUGGAGAGGAUCAUGGAUGAGAAAACAGCAAGUGAGUUGAAGAUUUUAUAUGGUCACAGUGGACCUGUCUAUGGCACCAGCUUCAGUCCUGAUAGGAAUUAUCUAUUGUCCUGUUCUGAGGAUGGCACCGUGAGAUUGUGGAGUCUCCAAACAUUCACAUGUUUGGUGGGAUAUAAAGGACACAACUAUCCUGUUUGGGAUACACAGUUCUCUCCUUACGGCUAUUACUUUGUUUCUGGGGGACAUGACAGAGUGGCUCGUCUGUGGGCAACAGAUCACUACCAGCCAUUACGGAUCUUUGCUGGCCAUCUUGCAGAUGUGACAUGUACCCGAUUUCAUCCAAACUCCAACUAUAUUGCUACAGGCUCAGCAGACAGGACUAUAAGGCUGUGGGAUGUUUUGAAUGGGAAUUGUGUAAGAAUAUUCACUGGACAUAAGGGACCAAUUCAUUCAUUGGCAUUUUCUCCUAAUGGACGAUUCCUGGCUACUGGAGCAACAGAUGGAAGAGUUCUGCUGUGGGAUAUUGGACAUGGCUUGAUGGUUGGCGAAUUGAAAGGGCACACUGACACUAUCUACGCGCUCAGAUUCAGUAGGGAUGGGGAGAUUUUAGCAUCAGGUUCAAUGGAUAACACAGUUCGUCUGUGGGAUGCUGUGAAGGCUUUUGAAGACUUAGAAACCGAUGACUUCACUACAGCCACUGGACACAUAAAUUUGCCUGAAAACUCACAGGACUUGUUACUGGGCACAUACAUGACCAAAUCAACCCCCGUUGUUCAUCUCCAUUUCACACGCAGGAACCUGCUGCUGGCUGCGGGAGCCUACAGCUCACAGUAGAUCAGGAAGCUGAAACUGACUGUGCCAAGUCAUUGCAGUAGUGACCUCAGGACGUGAGACGAGGGAAUGUCUUGAACAGAAGGACUCCACGACUCCAUUGCAAGGAGUAUGAAACUGUAAUUAAUAUAAGCAGCGUUUCUCAGUUCUGCUGUUUCAUAUUUAUCUGCAAUUUGAAAAUGCUGGAGAUUGACAAGACAUUGUGGCUGUAAAAGAAGGAACUGUUCGUGGUGCUUUUGGUAACAUAGAUACUUAUGAAAUGAGCAUCUCUUUCCAGAGGUGGUACUGAGCUCUGCCGAAACUUGUGAAAAGUUAACAGCCUUUACAUGUGUUCUCAGAUUUUUUUAAAGCACUUAAUUUAUGGUUAACAAAUGUUUCAUCAGUCUCAAACACAAGCAAAACUGUCCAUUUUCAGGAAAGAAGAAUGUAGUUUUGAUUCACUACAGCCUGGGCUGGGCAGCAGGUGUGGUGAGAUCAUAGCAACAACCAGGGCAUUGAUGGAGUGGGCCGGACAGCCCAAUGCUUGUGGGGAACUGUCGCGAAGCUCCGUGCAUGCUUUUUAUGCAGCCAGAUACUAAAUCCUGAAAAGAUUUCAAACUCAUGUGCUCUUUUGAGGUGUCAGAAACACAGAUCUUGUUACUGUUUUCAAAGGUAGCCAGUGCUGUCAGUGUGAUAAGCAACCAGAAGUGCAAUGUGAACUUUAUUUACUUUCAUACUUCAAUGUAUGAGAAAAUAAAAAAGGGGAAUUGAGGCACAACUGAAACAGUCACUAUUAAAAAUGUGGACUUAAACUCUUUACUUUGUAUUAGAUGUAAAAGAAGAUUAACAACCUGUAUCCUUUCUGCAUAAGGCUUAACAUAAAAAACCAGUAAAACUAGCCAAGAAAUUGAAACAUUAUAGCAGCACAAAAGGCUAAGCACAUCAUCAGCUGGUUUUUGAAAGGCCAGCUUGUCUGCUGAGUGACAAUUCCUAUCUACAAGAAGAUUGUACCCAGUGGGUCCUCCUGGACUACAAUAAGGCUGUGUUUUAUUUUAAUGUCAGUGUCUUUGAAUUGAAAACAGCACACCAAAGGCCAGGUCCAGUGUGGCUUGGGUUUGGGUUGGUUUUUGUUCUUACAAGAUUUGUGCAGAGAAACCUGUUUUGUGUUCCUCAUUACUUCACAGUAAGGACUUGCACACUUGAACAAACUACUGGGUCUCUAGUGAAAAUAAAAACAAGACUUGUCAUUUCUAAGGUCAAGUAAAUGGAGAACUACCUCCUCUUUCAUCUCGUCUUUCUCUAACUCUUAGAGUAAAGCUAUACUACAGGCAUUAUACAUAAAAAAAAAAAAGUGGAAAACUCACUAGGACACCUAGACAUUUUCUUCAAAGAAAAAAGCUGAAACUUUUUUUUUUCCUGUGUAAUGAUACCUCAACAAAAUUUCCUAGCUCUCAAUAUGACCAGUUAGAUCUAAGUACAAUUUUUGAUAGCUUAAAGAAAACACUGCCACAUUCUGCCUUUGUGUUUUGUACAGUUUUAUACUUUUGAUAUUAUAAUAAAUACUAAAACCACAGUUUGUGUCUAUAUGUUGUUACAAGAUAUUUCCUUAAUGGCUGCAGUGGAAGCAAAAACAGUUUGUAACUGUGACAACUCUGCUAAGAGAAACAAAGUAAUCAGAAAUGUUUAAGUUAAGGAGUAGCCAUUCCCUAUCAAUCUUGUUCUAAAGGAAGGGGACAGGUUCUAGCUCCUGAGCCUAUUACACUCUUAGAGCUGUCAUUCUUCGGUGGUGGAAUUAAAUACAGCUGAAGCCAUCAAUGCAAACACUCAGGAGGGAAAGAUGACUAGAUUUGUUCAGCAGACCCAGCAUGUACAAAAAAUGGCUUUAAAAAAAAUGAAGUAGAGAGAACAUCAAGACCCCAUAAUUAAUUUUUCCAUUUUUUUCCAGCAAUCAUUCCUACCUCCUGCUGCUUUCAGGUUGGGAAGGGUAUUUGCCAGCUUUGGAAUGGUUCAACCCCUGCUGCUAGCAGAAGCAUAGUAUCAUCUCCCACAUCAGCACUACUGUGACAUCUAAGGAAGGUACCAAGUUUUAAUUAACCUACAGAAAGACACUGUGGAGAAUAUGAGACAGAUUUUAGUGUUGGCAGGGAGGAGGCUGCACACACCUAACUGUGGUAGAGCACCUCCUUUCAUAAGAGACAGGAAAAGUAAGCACUGAACUAUUUGGUCAGUGUUUAUGAGUGUGCAGAGUUACAGGUGCUUAACAUCAGCAGGCUAAGUCAUUUUCCUUUUCCUCUCCACAAGAGAAGCCAGUAACAGAAAAUGUUUAAACACAGUAACUGGGUUGGCCUAUUUUCUAAGCUUUUCUAUCAAAGCUAAAAAGGUUCUGGGCAAAAUACAGACAACUGAAGAUGUCAUGGUUUCCAUGUAAGCUACUAGCUUACAUGGAAAUGUGGAAUGCAAAAAGUGGGAGCAAGCAGGUGGCUGCAAACCAUGCAAGCUGUGACAAAGACAUGUGGAUCAUGCUUGGAUCAGCUCCAGGCCCUGUUCAGUGUUAUGGCUGUGCAGCUGAGGUCCCUCCUAGGUCACUGCCUGGUGCUCAGAACACCUCAGGAUGUGUUACAACAGCAGCAGAGUUAAGAUAGUAACGACACAAUCAGCU